GAAAGACUUCAACAGGAUUCUGCAUCCAGCGUGACAAUUGGUUUGUCUAGUUGAGCCAUGGCCUCCACCGGAGUUGAAGGGCCCUUCAGGGACUCGACCAAAGAGGUCAACACCAUUCAGACACAGGCUGCUACCGACACUUCAGCUUCGUCUUUGAAAGAGCAGGUUACUCAACCGUACGGGUCCACGGACGAACAUGUCUUUUCGGAUCCCAGCAUCGCCGACCACUGGCGCAAAGUCUACGAGAAGGCUUCCUACGAGAACCGUCAUCGUUUCGACCCCAACUACACCUGGUCGGCCGAGGAUGAGAAAAAGCUUGUCAGAAAGAUUGACAGGAAAAUCAUGGUUUGGGCUUGGGUUAUGUUCUGCGCUCUUGAUCUCCACCGGCGAAACAUUAACCGCGCAAUCUCUGACAACAUGCUUCCGGAGCUCGGCAUGACAACAAACGAUUUCAACUAUGGACAAACUAUUUUCCUUCUAUCAUUCCUCGCUGCAGAGUUGCCCAGUGGUUUGGUAAGCAAGAAGCUUGGGGCCGAUGUCUGGAUCCCUUCCAUCAUGGUCGGCUGGUCCAUCACUGCCGGAUGUCAAGCUUUCUUGUCGAACCGUGCUGGGUUCUACGCGGUGAAAGCUCUUCUUGGUCUUCUUAUGGGUGGCUUUAUUCCCGAUAUUGUUCUAUGGCUCACAUACUUCUACAAGUCUAAUGAGUUGCCUUUGAGGCUUGCAUGGUUUUGGACAGCACUCAGCACUGUCAACAUCGUUGGCUCACUGGUCGCUGCCGGUGUACUUCAAAUGCGAGGUGUCGCAGGAUGGGCCGGUUGGAGAUGGCUGUUCCUUAUCGAGGGUAUUGUGACUCUCAUCAUUGGCCUCUUCUCAUGGGGUCUGAUGCCUCCUGGUCCUACGCAGACCAGAAACUGGUUCCGUGGAAAGGAUGGAUGGUUCACCGAACAUGAAGAGUUGAUCAUGGUCAACCGCUUGCUGCGGGACGACCCGAGCAAGGGUGAUAUGCACAAUCGCGAAGCCGUCGGCCCUUCUCUUCUGUUCAAAGCAAUCAAGGAUUGGGAGCAGUGGCCUUUGUACCUGAUCGGCCUGACUACUUACAUCCCGCCGUCCCCGCCGAGCACCUAUCUGUCCUACAUUCUACGUCGAUUGGGUUUCUCAACCUUCCAAGCCAACCUUCUCGCCAUUCCUUCCCAGUUCCUUUUUGCCGUCAACCUCUUGAUCAUCUCUUGGGUUUCCGGAAAGUUCAAGGAGCGUGCCAUCGUUUCAUCAAUCUCAAACAUCUGGAUCUUCCCCUGGCUUGUCGCACUCGUCGCCUUGCCCGCUGAUACCAGCACCUGGAUCAGAUACGCCCUCUUGACGGGCCUGCUGAGCUACCCUUACUGCCACGCGAUUUUGGUCGGCUGGAACGCCAAGAACAGCAAUGCCGUGCGAACAAGAGCUGUCAGUGCCGCGCUGUACAACAUGUUUGUGCAGGCCGGUAACAUCGCAGCUUCAAACAUUUACCGAGAUGACGACCAACCUCUGUAUCGCCGAGGAAACAAGAUUUUGCUCGGGGUCUGCUGCUUCAACAUUGUUCUGUUUUACUUUGUCAAGGCCUUCUACAUCUGGCGUAACAAGGUUCGCGAUAGUCGGUGGAAUGCCAUGUCCAAGGAGCAACAAGAGGACUACUCUCUUAACACCACUGAUGAAGGCCAGCAAAGGCUUGACUUCCGCUUUGCGCAUUAAAUGGCCAGCUCUGUGUUUUGAAAGAAUGCAAUGGUAUAGCAUCUUUAAGAUCACUGGUCAAGUUGAGAUCUUUGAGGACAGGGUCAGUCUCCGAGCUUAGAGACGAUAUGCAGUC